CUCCCGUAACGAAUCGUAGAUUGGGAACGUGGCCCUUUGGGGGGAUGAUUGGUAUUUUCGUUUAAUUUGUAAAGAUAAAAUAUGUAUUAUGCUUUAUGAACUUAAAAUUCAUAAAGCUUAAUGUUUAUAGAAACAUUUUGUAAAAGAAUUGGAAGAUAAUAUUAAAAGUUUUACAUGUUUAUAAAGCUUAGAAAAAGCUUUAAGAAGAUUUGCUUUUGCGCAAGCGCAGUUAGCCUCUUCGUCUCCGUUUGCCUUCCAAAGCCAUGGAGGGUAAGCCUAGCAUAUCAGAAAUGGCGACCGAUACGGACUCUGAUGUCACAAAAUUGAAGGGGACAAAAAUUUUAGUAUUAGUGGAAGAUGCUCUUAUUGAUGUUUUAGUCGUGUCAUUUAAUGUAGGGACCAAAAUAUACCAAGGAGCAUUGCUGGACAUCACGAAAAAAAAUGCACCGUAUGGAAUAGUACCUCCUGCUCCAGAAGUCCCUAAAGAUGAAAAUGGGCCUACCAGUACUACUGCAGACACUACCGAAGAAAAAGUGGAUAAAUUAUAUGCACUAAAGCAAAGACACACCUACUACCAAGUUACCCCUGGUGCAACUCCAUUUUUCUUUGGUUAUCGAUUUGCACGAAAUGCUAAAGAUAAAAAUGUCCGUAUGAGAAGACUUCGACCUCGUAAGGUUCUCUGUUCUCAGUGUCAAAAAGUUGUUGCUGAAAAUGAUCCCAAUAAAAAGAAAUUUCCAGGGGUCGUUACUAGAAAUUCUGCUAAUAAAAUACUGCAACAAGGUGGUGCUGUCAAUAACUCCAAAAGUGGUGCUAAUACGGGUAGUGUAGUAAAUUCAAAUCAAAGAAUAUCUACCAGAAGUACAAAAAUUGACUCUUCAGAUAAAUGUGAUAGUGCCUCUAUAAAUACAGUGUCAUCUAGUGAUACAAAAAAUGACUGUGUUCAUGAUAGUGAAUCAAAAACAGGAGACUUGAAAUUAAAUAGAUCUGAAAAAAUGGUGUUGCGUAAAAGAAAAUCUACGGACAUAGAAAAUACUGAACCUUCUUGUUGUGCUGCACCACCAGAAAAACUUAAACGAAUCGAUUUAGUAAAAAGUGAAGAAGUUGAUUCUGGUUCUGUUACUACUGGAGGCAAUAAUGCAACAUCUAAGCAAGGUCUUGCUAAAACCAGUCCUGUGAUCAAAAUUUCUUUUGCUAAUCCUCAAGGCAAAGAAUCUGUUCUAAAAAUUCCUGCCAGAAUCAAAAAUGCUAGUGAUACGGAAGAAGACAGCAAUUGGUCUUUGCAAGAAAAUUCUGAUUACAGCACCAAAAACUUUUCUAGUGCAAAAGCUGCUAAAAAAGCUCUUAAACGAGCUAAGAAAGAAGCUCAGAAACGGGCAGUGACUACAGCGAACUCUCCAACAACAGCAGUCUUGAGCCCCAGUAAUGAAAAUGGAGAUACUCAUGCUGCUGACAAAGAAAAACACCAUCACCAUAAGCAUAAAGUGAAACGAAAGCGGAAACAUAAAAAUGGCGAGACUGAAACUGAAAAGUGUGAUUUAGAAAAUACAGAUACGCGAAAUGUUUUCAAUGCAAAUGGAAACGAUGGCUGGUGUCUAAGAACCUCUUUUCCAGGAGACAUUGUUUCUGCCGAAUUGAACAAGACCAGUGUGUUUGAUGAAGUCAAAAGCAAAUGUUAUAAAAAACUAUCAAUUAGCUUAAAACGUCUGAACGCCAAAGCUUAUAUGAGAUGUAGUCCCAAAUAUUCUAUUGAAGAAGACUCAGUUGCUAGUGAUGUUAGCAGUGCUAGCAAUAAUAGUGUUUGUUCUGGUUCUGGGAGUGAUUAUGGUGAUGUUCCAGAUUUUCCGAAGCAUUCAUCACCACUCAGGGACAAUGACAAAGUUAAAUCAUUAACAAUGAGGAUAAGAACUCAAAGUGUUAAAAAGUGUAUUCUAGACAUUGGUCGUGAAAUGACAGUAGGUGAUAUUGUAUGGGGUAAAAUUCAUGGUUUUCCUUGGUGGCCUGGAAAAGUGCUAGCUCUUACUGUUUCUCAAAGUUACAAUGGUGCACCUGUUAAUCAGCAAGCGCACGUGACUUGGUUUGGUUCUUCAACAUCCUCCUUUAUGCCUUGUAAUCAAUUAACACCAUUUUUGGACGAUUUUAAAAUUAGGUUCAAUAAAAAGAAGAGAGGUCCUUACAAGGAAGCUAUAAAACAAGCUAUUUCAGAGGCUCAGAAACCUCAUAGUGAUAUUAGUGAAUUAGGGCUUAUGCCUUCUUAGCAUAAGCUUUUGUUUAGUUUUUUGUAAUUUACAUCAAUUUUUGAUGCCAAUAAUAGCUUUAGUGCAAUUCUCACCAUUACUCCAUAGGAUCAUUAUUUGCUUGACUCAAAAUUAUAUUUUAUUGCAGUCACGAAUCUUGUCAAGAGAUAUUGUUCUAUGUUGCUCUUUAAUUGUGAAUAUUUUUCUGUCCUUUAUGGACCACACACUUUCUAACAAUUUUGGCAAAAAUUUUAUUAAAUAAUUUUAAAAAAAUUCUAUGAAAGUAAUUGUUUUAAACUUAUAUGUAAUUUAAUUUAUAACUUUUUUUUUUGAUAUACAUGUUAACACUCUCAGUACUAAAUUGCUCUUAAAUUAUUUAAUCACCAUAGAGAUUAAAUGGAUGAAGUCUGCUUUGUUUUGUUUUAUAAGCAUUUUCUUCACGCUUUUUAGUAGGCAAUAAACAUUUAGAAAAUAUGCUGUACUAACUUUUUAUUAAUUGUAUAGAAAACCCUUGUUACACUUGCUAUAUAAUUUCAAAAAAAUUCAUGUCAUACUACCUUCAUACUUAAUAAUUGGGAAUUUUUUUUUAUUAUUUGUUGAGAAAAAAAAAUUGUUUAACAUUCUUUUUUCAAUUUAUGUAAAAGUAAUUGUCAUAAAUAAUUAAAUUAAAAUUUCACUCUCCUUAAAAUACCAAAUGUGUAUAUUUAAUAAUCUCAAACUUAAGCCAUUGACUGCCAAGUCCUUCAAAAUGUUUAUUUUACUUGUAUUAAAUUGAGUGGACUAAUAAAAUCAACCUCACAUAUGUGAGAUCUUCAGCCUUACUAGUAACUCUUGAAAUCUUGCAUGCAUUAUGAAAGAUAUUAGCAAUUUCACCAUUUAGAAAUGUUAUAUUUGAAGACUUAAAAAGUAUUUAAUUCAGUUUUAAAAAAUUAAGCAGCUCUAAUAUAAUUUUUAUUAGAAUGAGUAUUAAUGUCAUAACUGAGUUAGUCUUUAAAUAUGACGUUUGUAAAUUGCUGAAUUGACCUAAGGUAAUUGAAACUGAAAGCAAUCUAAGCACAAAUAAAAUAAUUAACUAUCACUGCUCCAAAUUAUUUUGUUUGUGCUAAUUGCAUUGCUUUCUCUUUUAAUUUCAUACUAAUUUUUUAAUAUUUACAUUGAUUGAACUUCUAUUUUCUUUUGUAUAAUAGUGUAAAAACAUAAAUUAUACUCAUUUUAUUCUUGAAAAUGAUUGCACUCGUAUAUUCACAAUUAUGUCAUAAUUUUUUUUUUUAAUAUCCAAUAUUUGUAUUAACAGUGCUAGAUUAAAAAAAUGUUCCUAUUUUUUUCUUCAAUUUGAUAAAUGGUUGGAUUUUCUGUUUUGUUGAUUUUGAGAGUUUAUUUAGUUCUGCUCUAUCAUGCUUGUUUCUUGUGCUAGCUAAAUCUCAUGUGUUCCAAAAAAAUGCACUAAUUUUCUUUUUAGCACAGUUCAUAUUGGCUUUUAAUGUAACUGCUAAUUCUGUUAUGUAAUGUUCUAUAAUCAUAUUUUGAAAUUUUAUUCUUUAGUUUAGAAAUUACAUACUUCCUUUUAAAAUAUAUCCAGUCAGUGAAAAACGAAAUCUGUUAAGAAAAAUAAAUAUAUACUUAUGUUUUUGCAUUAAUUCUAACUAGCUUCAAUUUGUUAUAAAGAAUUUGUUUAUUAUCUUUAAAUCUUUAUUUAUUAUUAUUUCAACUUACACAAUUAGUAAUGUGUAUUUACAUGUGAAAAAAUCUCUAAUUUUCCUUUUUACUUAUUCAUGUUACAGCAACAGGUUUACUAAGCUCCUAAUUUUUUACUAAUUAGCAAUUCCACCAUUUAAGAUUGCCAUAUUUGCAAACUUAAAAGUGUAUAACUUAGUUUAAAAAUCUGUAUCUUUUCAAUGUCAAGGAGUAACAUAUUAAAUUAAAAGAUCAAAUUCAGCAAUAAUUUUAAGGAAAUAAAUCUUUUAAGUUGUAAUUUCUAUAAAUAAAUAAUACAAACUAUAAAAUAAACAUUAAAGCAGUUGGUAAAUUAAUAUUGUUUCCUUUAAUACAAACAUUGUAUUGUAUAUAAAUUUAAACAUUGCCUUAGUUAUAGUGUUAAAAAUCUAUAAUUUGAUACAAUUUUCUGCCAAAUUGAAAGCAAUCAAUUUUGAUUUCUUUGCUUAAUAAAUCCUCAUCCUCCUGCUUAUAAUGGUUGAAACAUAAGUUACAGAAAAAUAUGUUGAAAAAAAAAUUUUUUUUUAUUCGUCUGGCUGACUUUAUGGAAUUAGUUGGUUCCUGAAAAUACGUGUAAUACUUUAUUUAAUAUUCUACUACUAAAAGUUAAUUUACUAAACAAAUGCCGCUGAAUGUAUUAAAAUAGAAAAAAGGUUAAAAUUUGUCUUAGACCAUAUUGUCUUUUAAAUUAUAUUUUUUAAGCAGUUAUUUUUAAAAAAAAUUCUAGUUUGAUUAAGCAAUUUUUUUUAUACUUAAUAAAUAAUGAUUAUUUUGUUGCUCGCAUUUGAAUCACAUAAUGAAAUCAGUUCUAAUCUAACAUUCUAUAAUUGGUGUAAUUGCUGAAUAUUUGGUAUUUAGCCUUGGAUUCACACUUGAUAAUAUUGAUUGUGUAAAAACGAUGUGUUUUUUGUAGGCUGCCUUUAAAAAAUAUUUUUUCCUGUCACUUAUAAAAGUUUUUUUUUUUUUCACUAUUUCUUUCUAAUAAAACUUAAUUGUUUUACCAUCAUAAAAAAAACAAAGAAACUGUGUGAUUUUGUAAAUGAAAAAUGUUCAUAACACAAUAAAUUUAUAUUUUAUUCAUUUAAAUUAUUAUUUAAAAAUGCAUAAAAGAUCAAGUACAGAGCCAGUAAUCAAUUUCCCUUCAUUUUCUCUGUUUUUUCCCUUAAAAAUUAUACAAAGUAACAGAGCAUUUCUUAAUAUAUAAAUAAAUACUAUGCAAGUGUUCAUGCAAGAACUAUCUAUUCUUGUAUUUGUCACCAUUGAUGAGCUUAGGAGUUAUUGGAAUUUAUCUUCUGUUGUACAUUAUUGAUGUUCAUCCGAUAUAUAUUGUCAUAACUACAAAUUGCAAAGCUGAUGUGCGAAAGAGUAGACUGGCUCUGUAGUAGGGUUCUUGCCAGAAAAAAAACAUGAUAUUGAUAUCAUAUACAUGUGAUAUAGAAAUUUAUUCACACCCUAUUUUUCGAUUCAUAAAGAGAAAUAUAUUAAAGGAGUUUAUCAAUUUAUAUUUUUGUGCAUUAAAUAGAUUUGUUGUUAUUCAUUGAUAUUGUAUAUGUGUCAUGUAAUGUGUUGUACAUUCAAGGUUUAAUAUAUUUUUUAAAUUUAAAAUAUUCCAUUUGUUUUGGAAAGACAAUUUUUAAUCAUAUCAUAGCUUAAAUUUUGGUGAAAAUAUGUUUUUAAAAAAUUAGUUUAGAAAAUUGUAAUUUUAAAAUGUUUUCUUUUUUUCCCAUGAAAACUAAAAAAUAUGUAUCUACAUUCAGUUACAGUCGAAAUAAUUUGUACAAAUUCAAAAAGUUGGAUUUUUAAAAAAACUCCCUGAGGAUUUACAUUAAGUACAUUUUAUUCAUAUAUUGUUUCCCUAUGCAUUUUUUAUUUUGUAAGCUCACUAUUUCAUAUCCUCAACUAUGCUAUUACCAAUACUCCGUUGCAAGUAACUAAAAGAUUUUACGAUAUAGGAUUUUAGUAAUCAUCUGUGCUACACAUAGUUCCUUUUUAUUUAGUUAUUAAAUUAUUUUAGUGUGCGUUUAAAACAAUAUAAAAGAUUUAGAAAUUGAACUCAUCGAUCAGAAAUUUAAUUUGUGCUAUCUUUUAUGAUAUAUAUCAUAGAAUUACAAAAAAAGAGAGUUUUGUAGCCUUACUGAAAUCCUAGAUUUGACAACACAUUUGGAUAAAUAAAAACAAUCGUUUUUGGAAUAAGAAACAACUAUAUAACGUUGCAAGAGCAUUGGGUUUGAUUGGAUCACUUAAAAUGGCACAUCUUAUGCUGAAAUUUCUUUAACAAAUCAAAAGCGAGAUAAAGAAUUUUUGUUUCGCUGAAGAAAAUGGUCUGCAAGGAAUGAGAGUAAUAUUGAAUAUUCAUCAUUCAUAUUCUUUAAAUAUGCACAGAAAGAUGCAUAUUUGUUAUGAUUUUUUGAUAUCAUUUCACUUGAUUUAAGAAAGCAAGCAAAAAGAAGGCAAUGCAACGUUUCAUGAGUUUGCGAUGAUGGCACCAGGAGCUUAGUAUCCAGUUGGCGUGCACUUGGAUGCAAACAGGCUCACUCCAUCAGGAUAAUGGUUUCCUCUUAACUUGCAACAGUAUAGAAUUCAUAGAAAGAUAAAGAAAAUUUAGGAAAAAAGAAGGCUAUUUAUCCACACAUUCCAAAAAUGACUUCAAAAUUGAAAAUUUUUUUAAGUACCUCAGGUACCCAUAAAAAUGAAAUUUAUAUACUAGGAAAAUAAAUAUUAACAGCACAAAAGUAAAAAUAGUACCAAAUGAAAUUAUUUAAUUGUAUUAAAAUAUAGUUGUUUUUAAAAAAGUAACUGCAAAAUUUUUAAAACUGCAAAUGUGUAUAUGCAUGUGUCUAUAUUUAUCUAACUCUGCCAGGGAAAACAUAUUUUAUUCCAACCAAGGCAAACUUGAUUUUCACUUCCAGCUUAUUUGGUUGACUGGAAUCGUAAUUUUUGAAGUUUUAAAAACUUAAUUUUUUUUCCAUUAAAUUAUAAUAUAACGCUUUCACUUAACCCCCUCAUUUUUCAUUGUAAAAAUAUUCAUUAUUAAGUAAUUAUUAGAAUCUGCUAGUCAUUUUAUAUUUAUUAUUUUUUGCAUAUAUAUAUGUGUAUGCAUAUAUAUAUAUGUGUGUGUAUGCAUAUCACAGUAUAUUCUGACCUACAUUUCUUUUCAUUUUCAUAAUACAUCUUUUUCAUUUGUAUCUCCCAAGUAAAUCGCUUUGAUUGUUUGAUUUAAAUAUUGGUAUUUCUUUAAGAGGUAUAAUAAUUAAAUCAUUUCUCAUGAGAGCAAUUUAUUAUUUAUGGAACAAAAUCUUUGUUUUAAGUUUUCACUUUAUCAUUAUGUAUAACAGUGAUUGAGUACGUGUUUUUCUUCAUACUAGAGAAGCAUCAAAAUAUUUUUUGAAUAAAUUUGUCGCAAGUCGAGUGUUGAUACACUUUUUAUUUCUACAUUUUAAUAAUUUUUUAAGCAUUUAAAAAUAAUUUUUAACUAUUAAAAGUUUACAAUGAUUGCUCUAAAUGCUUUAAUUUUUUAUUAUUUUUUUCGGAAAUUUUGAUCAGUCUUGUCCAGCAAUUUUUUUCAUAUUAACCAGGGCCUGAUUAAAUUGCCAUGCCAUGGCCUUUUUAAGUAAACAUCAAUUUACAAAGUGUUCAUUAUGAGCUAAUAUUUUAAAAGUAUUUUAAGUGCUAAUACUGUUAAAUUCUUGGCUAAUAAUGAAAUUAGUGGUGCUCUGAAAUCUGAUAACUUAUGUGAGUACCCCAUUCGUCUGUAAAAUAAUCAGGUCUUGGCUUCAAAAAAUUUUUCCGGUCAUUUAAAGAUAUUUUCCACAUCAGUAAUAUUGACGUGAAAAGUACAAAUGAAAAAUACUUAUUGGGAUAUUUUUAUGUAUGGUAAGUUCAUUAUACUGUAUUUUUCAAUAAAAUAAAUAGCAUUCUAUUUACUCUGUUCUUGGCUGGCUUGAACCCUAUUUUUGUUCUUUUAUAAAUGUGUAUAUAUAUAGCACAAAUUGUUUGUUUCAAGGACAAUUGUACAGAGAUGAUUAUAUUAUCUUUGAAAGAAUUACAUAUUACUGUACAUUUUGUAAAAUAAAUUUUCUAAUUCACAGUGCUCUAUUUUUCAUGGGCAUUAUUUUGUACUUGAUCCCACUGGUUGUACAGUGGUUCCUAGUGUAUUAAUAGCUAGUAUAAUUUUUAUUCCAAUCGUUAAUGUUGUUUCAACUUCAUUGGAUUCUUCAUUCUCUUUUAAUAAAACUGUAAUUUUUGUUAAAUUUU